UCGGUGUGAUAAAUUCCCUCUCCACCUCGGUGACACAGGUAUUUUGCAAAUAGAAAGACUCCGGUCACUGCCGCUCACUGACUUCUUCUUCCUCCAUCUCCGAAUCUCCGAUCCACAGGAUUACCAAGCGCGUGAGGUCUAGAGAGUUAGAGAGCCAUGGGAAACGGAAACUCCACGGAGGCGAAAGAGUCGCGCCGAUCAAAGAUGCGACAGAAGAUUCAGAACUUUCGCAGCCGCCGCCGUCUUAGUCGUCCAGGAUCCGGAAGCGUCUCCGGAUUGGUUAGUCAGAGAUCUGUGAGCGCAGAUGAUUUCGCCGGCAUUGCUCUUCUCACUCUCAUCGGCGCGGAGAUGAAGUUCAAGGACAAGUGGCUCGCCUGUGUUUCCUUCGGGGAACAAACAUUCCGUUCGCAGAUUUCAGAUUCCACAGAGAAGCCGAUUUGGAAUUCGGAAAAGAAGCUUCUCCUGGAGAAAAAUGGACCAAGUCUGGCUAGAAUCUCUGUAUUUGAGACCAAUAGACUUUUGAAGAACAAUAUCGUUGGUUAUUGUGAGCUUGAUCUACUUGAAUUCGUAGUGCAGGAACCUGACUCUGCUUGCAAAUCAUUUGACCUGUUAGACCCGGCCUCGUCUAAUGUUGUUGGCAGCAUGUUUGUCUCAUGCUCCGUUGAGGAUCCUGUUGAAACCGAGACAUGUUUUGCAAAGCGUAUUUUGUCCAUAGUGGACUAUGACGAAGAUGGAAAACUCUCAUUCUCAGAGUUCUCUGAUCUGAUGAAUGCUUUUGGGAAUAUAGUGGCUGCUAACAAGAAAGAGGAGUUGUUCAAAGCCGCUGACCUGAAUGGGGAUGGUGUUGUUACAAUUGAUGAGUUGGCUGCACUUCUUGCCGUUCAACAGGAACAGGAGCCAAUUAUAAAUAGUUGUCCGGUUUGCGGUGAGGCUCUUCAACUUGACAAGCUCAAUGCAAUGAUCCAUAUGACUCUCUGUUUUGACGAAGGAACUGGUAAUCAAACGAUGACCGGAGGGUUCUUGACUGAUAGGCAGGCUUCAUAUGGAUGGAUGUUCAAACUAAGUGAAUGGACUCAUCUAUCAACUUAUGAUGUUGGUUUGAAUACUGGUUCAAGUGCUUCACAUAUUGUGGUGAUUGAUCGGAAGACUAAGAGGCUCAUGGAAGAGUUGAUUGAUUCAAAGAUUGUUAUGUCGAUGAGAGCUAUUUACCAGUCAAAAAUCGGACUCCGGCUUAUGGACCAAGGAGCAAAAGAGAUUUUGCAGAACCUUUCUGAGAAACAGGGGAAGAAGAUGAACACAGUUGAAUCUGCCCAAAAUAUACCCAGCUUUCUCGAGUUUUUCAAGGAUCAAAUAAACAUGGCCGAAGUCAAGUAUCCUCUGGACCAUUUUAAGACGUUCAAUGAAUUCUUCGUACGGGAGUUAAAGCCUGGUGCAAGACCAAUUGCGUGCAUGGAUCAGGAUGAUGUUGCUGUAUCUGCUGCUGAUUGUCGAUUAAUGUCGUUUCAAUCGGUGGAUGAUAGCACGCGGUUCUGGAUCAAGGGCCGUAAGUUUUCAAUCAAAGGCCUCCUUGGGAAUGAUGUGCAGUCAGAUGCUUUUCUUGAUGGAUCUUUGGUGAUAUUCCGAUUGGCUCCACAGGACUAUCAUCGUUUUCAUUCUCCUGUCUCUGGUGUCAUUGAAAAGUUUGUCAAUGUUUCUGGAAGCUUAUAUACAGUUAAUCCGAUUGCUGUCAAUAGCAAGUACUGUAAUGUGUUCACUGAGAAUAAACGGACAGUCGUAAUUAUAUCAACAGCAGAGUUUGGAAAGGUCGCAUUUGUUGCGAUUGGAGCGACAAUGGUUGGUAGUAUCACCUUUGUUAGGCAAGAGGGAGACCAUGUGAAGAAAGGGGACGAGCUUGGUUACUUUUCAUUUGGUGGAAGCACAGUUAUAAGCGUCUUUGAAAAGGACUCGAUUAAGAUUGAUGAGGAUCUCUUAGCUAACAGUGCUAGGUCCUUGGAGACAUUAGUUACUGUUGGAAUGCAACUAGGUGUCUCCUUUCCAAAGAUAGAAAACUGUGUUAUUGAACCCUGAACUGCUUCAAACUAUGUGAGUUAGUACGAAACGACAGAUGAUUUUCUUUGGUUUGGUUUGGUUUGAUUUGAUUUAGUUUUCUCUUUUUAUCAAGAAAGAACUCAAUUCCUCUCUGUUUGAUACACUAUGACUUUGCUCUGUAUAUAUAAACACCAGUAAUAUGUCCCGGGCAGUGAUACUUGUUAAUGUUUACGGUAUUUCGCUUUU